CAGCAUCAAAACGGAGUUACGAUGAGAUGCAAGUUGAUAUGACUGCCUUGAUCUGUGAUGUUCUCAUUCAACCAUUCAAUACUGUCCCAAGUGAAGUGAAUGACCUUACAUCUCUUAUUGCUGCACCACUUAUCCGAAAACUGCCUGUAUCUUUUCACGAAGAGAGAAAAUUUCCUCAGUUUGCUGAAUUUAUUCAAACAAGCGACAAUGAAUGUGGAAGCAAUCUGGCGAAACACAUUUCCUGUCUACUUACUGACAUAUUUGAAAAGCAGAACUUAGAUGACACAACGGAAGAUAUGAUGCACUGGGGAAUAGAUAGUUUGAUCAGGGUGCCGCUCCAGAUUUUUCGCGAGAGUCUUGGCGAAGGGGCACUCCCCAUCGAAAUGGAUCGGAACAGCAAGGAUAAGGGAACAACGACGAUAGGCAAUAAGAGACCUGAUUUUCUAUGUUGGGCGAAUGGUGUACUUUUGUUUAAAGGCGAAGAAAAAGCUGAGGCUGAUGAAUUUCCAGUUGCUGUAGAUGAACUUAAAGAGAAAUUCAACAAGUUUGAUCCUUUGUAUUUUGGAAACGUGCAGUUUAUGAUAUGUUAUGCUGUAGCAGGACCACUUUUGGGAUUUUAUGCAAUCAAUGGAUCACCCAACGCAAAUCUGCUGAAUCGUUUAGUUCCGCUUUCGAAUCGAUUGAAUAUCAAAAACAGCCGAGACCGUGUUUCCAUCCUUUGUAUGGUUGUUAAUAUUGCACGCAUAAUAAGGACUGUGAGUAGUACAAUUCCAAGGACAAUCGUUCCUAUUGGGAAACGAUUGAAAUUAGCAAAAUCCACUAUUACAUUUUUUGAGGACUCAGUAGAGAAAAUGGUCCCACUAGAACAUCUUCCACAUGAGGGAGAGGUGAAUGAUCGUGUUGCUUUUUUACAGAGAAUGUACAAUUGUGCAAAAGGCCAUCCAGGCCUUAUUCAAGUAAAGGAAGGUGGAGGACCAAAG